AUGUCCUCAUCCAGGUCUGCGUUGAAGCCUCGAGGAUUCAGGGCUGGUGUUGGCUUGCAGAACGUAGCCCGACGAACAUUAGGGAUACUCCUCCUUCUGGUGACCGUCUUCCUAUGGACGAGUUCGAAUUUCCUCGCCAGCUACAUCUUCGCAGACAACACAUAUUCGAAGCCAUACUUUGUAACAUAUAUUAACACAUCUUUCUUCGCUGUAUCACUCAUCCCGGUACUUUUGCGGUUGGGACAUCGACACGGCUUUGCUCAUAUUAAAACAUCAAUACUGGAGUACUGGCGAGGGCAGAUGGACGGUUACAGUGCAGUUGGGGCGAAGUCAACGACGGAGGGCGAAGAGGAAGCUGAAGACCCACUGUCUGCCUCGCAAACUCGACUCCUAGUUGAUGAUGAAGCAGGGCCAGCGAUUAGCUUGUCGGGAGAUCCACAAGGUCCCGAAGAAGUACUGAGUGUCCGUGAGACAGCUAAGCUCAGCCUGGAGUUCUGCCUCCUGUGGUUCGGGGCCAACUACCUCGUUGCAGGAUGUCUUGAAUAUACAAGCGUAGCCAGUUCCACCAUCUUGACCUCGACAAGCAGCAUAUGGACUUUGAUCUUCGGCGCGCUGGUGCGAGUGGAGCACUUCUCGUACAAGAAACUAAUUGGGGUGCUGGCUUCUCUGGCUGGGAUAGCCUUGAUAUCCACAGUGGACCUCUCAGGCAAGGACAACGACGAGAAUCGGGGGAACUUCCCACACAAAUCACAGGGAGAAAUCGCAGUUGGGGAUGCCAUGGCCUUUGGAAGCGCCAUAAUGUACGGCCUCUACACUGUCGUCAUGAAGAAACGCAUUGGCAAUGAGGACCGUGUCAACAUGCCACUGUUCUUUGGCUUGGUUGGGCUUUUCAACGUGGCCUUCUUGUGGCCGGGAUUUUUCAUACUUCAUUUCACCGGCGUCGAGCCAUUCGAGUUUCCUCCCACCGGCAAGAUUUGGACGAUUGUCCUGUUGAAUUCGGCGUCGUCGUUCAUCAGUGACUACUGUUGGGCAUAUGCAAUGCUCCUCACGACGCCGUUAGUGGUUACUGUUGGUUUAUCCAUGACUAUUCCACUGUCACUUAUCGGACAGAUAAUAUUGAGCUCUCAAUAUUCGAGUGUUCUGUACUGGGUUGGGGCUUUCAUCGUCCUUCUCUCCUUCCUGUUCAUCAACCACGAGUCUCGUGAGGAGGAUGAACCGCGACUUCGAAGGGGAGGGACUGAGCCUGUUUCUUGA